AUGCACGAUAACAAAGUCGUCAUUUUCGAUCGCACAGAUUUUGGCCCCUCCAACAUCUCCCUCCCUGCUGGUCGCUGCCGUUUUGACCCCAACGACGAAGCCCUUGAAAUAGAUUGCACUGCACACUCCAUCGUUUACGAUACUAUCACUGACACCUACCGUCCCCUAAUGGUCCAAACGGACACUUGGUGUUCCUCUGGGGCAGUUUUACCCAACGGAACCCUAGUCCAAACUGGGGGAUACCAUGAUGGUGACAAUGUAACACGCAUGUUUACUCCAUGCGCAAAUGACAUUUGUGAUUGGGUUGAGUUUCCAAACUAUCUAUCAAGGAGAAGAUGGUAUGCAACUAAUCAAAUCUUACCUGAUGGACGGAUUAUCAUUAUCGGCGGUCGAAGGCAAUUUAGCUACGAGUUCUUCCCUCGCCCUUCUCCUCGUCGCCAAACUUUUCAGCUCCGUUUUCUGAUAGAAACAAGGGAGGGUAACGUUGAAAACAAUUUGUACCCGUUCGUCCACCUCUUGCCGGAUGGGAACUUGUUCAUUUUUGCUAAUACACGAUCGAUAUUGUUUGACUACAAUCAAAAUCGUGUGGUUAGAGAAUUUCCCCAGAUCCCAGGAGAUGAUCCUCGCAAUUAUCCCAGUACCGGAUCAUCAGUUCUCUUGCCUUUAGAUGAAAAUGAAUACAGGAUAGACCCUGAAGUUAUGGUUUGUGGAGGUGCGCCAAGAGGUGCAUUCCAACAAGCUGUACAUGGAACCUUUGUACGUGCAAUUUCCACAUGCGGACGACUCAGGGUCACUGAUCAAAACGCUAGCUGGGCCAUGGAAACCAUGCCGAUUCCACGAGUAAUGGGCGAUAUGCUACUUCUUCCCACCGGGGACAUCAUUAUAAUCAAUGGAGCUCAAUUAGGCACUGCAGGGUGGGAAUAUGGGCGCCAGGCAGUAACCAGACCUGUCAUGUACCAUCCAUCCCGUCCGUCCGACCAGCGUUUCUCAGUCAUGGCACCAUCACCACGUCCAAGAAUGUAUCAUUCAGCAGCAAUUCUACUAACUGAUGGUCGAGUUUUAGUUGGUGGUAGUAACCCUCACAUUACCUAUAACUUCACCGACGUAUUCUAUCCAACGGACCUAAGCCUGGAGACCUUUUCGCCACCAUAUUUAUCAACUCACUAUGCGUCAAUAAGACCAGUGAUUUGUUCUGUAGAUGAGACUGUAAGUCCUGGGCAGAGAUUUUGGGUAAGUUUCUCGGUGGAAGAGUAUUUAAAAGAAAGUUUAUUAUCAGUAAGAAUAGUUGCACCAUCGUUUACAACACACUCAUAUUCCAUGAAUCAAAGGAUGGUGGUGCUGAAGAUUGAUGGCAUUAUUGAUAACGAUACAUCAUCAUACACUUUGAGUGUAGUUGGACCAUCAUCAGUUGAGAUUGCUCCACCAGGGUACUAUUUGCUGUACGUCGUGCAUUCUGGUAUACCUAGUUCUGGUGUGUGGGUGAGGAUCAUACAGUGA